CACAAUUUAAUGUGUCAAGCUGAUGUAAUGUUUAUUAAACAUUGAUCAAGAGUGAUUCAAAAUAUGCUCCAGAAGUUUAUUUAAUAUGGAUAAAAUGGUUACUUAAUGGUUUGAUGUUGCUUAUGCAAAGAAAAGGAGAAACAAGACGUGAACAAUAAUCACGUGACGGUUUAUUAAUUAAUCCAAUAGAGAUCGAGGUUAAACACAACGGAGUUAUACUUAUUUCCAUUGUAAUUGAAUCAACUUUGCGUUUUUUUCAUCAAUCACCAGUAGCAUCCAGCCUCACGAUCAUUAUCAUCUUCUCACUUUCUUUCCUCUUCAUGAGAAUUGGAUCGUUGCAACAGCUCGUUUCAUCUUAUUUUUACGUUAUACCAAAUGACAUUCUAACUUAAUUUGAAUCAUUUAAUCAUCAUUUGUGACUGAUUUGAAACAAAAACAAGGAAAAGCUCUUUUUUGUUUACUACUGUGCCAUUGCCAUCUCAAUAUUACCACCAACAUCAUCCAGCACUACCAACGAUAUUAUCAAGAGCUUCACUAACAUAGAAAAUUAAAAUGUGAUCAACAUCUGAACAAGUUUGUUUUCAACACUUAUGUAUGUUUCCAGUGUUAACAGAAUAUUCAGUGUUGUUUUUCACCUAAAAUAAUGAUCAACUGAACAAAAGGAGAGCAAAUUUGUAUACAAUCAACUUUCAUGUUCAUCAUUGAAUUUAAAAUUUACGCGACCAACGUACUUCUAUGCAUCUCAGCUUUUGACUGAAUUUAUUUUUCCUUUUUUUCUUUUUGUUAUUCUUCCUGGUGUAGCCAUGUUUUCCUAUUACGCUUUAGAAACGUGGUUAUUCUCAUUUUUCGCUCUCCUAUUGUUAGGAUUCAUCAUCUACUACACUCGUCGGUUAAUAACUAUAAUUGCUGAUAUAAGAGAAUCAAAAAAAGUCUCCUACAAACCAUGGGAAAUGGAGAAAAAUCUUUCUAAAGCUAAAGCUAAAGCUAAAUCUAAACCCAAAGUCAAAGUAGGCAGAUUAUUUGGACCAAUUAGAAGUCUCAUGCCUGUUAAAGAAGCUGCAAUUACUUCAAAAAAACACAAUAAAACAAAAGCUGAUCCACGAAUUGAUGCCGUUGAUGGGCAAAUCUCUUAUAUUGAUGCUAACAUCAAUCGUUAUCCAUCCAUUUCUUCAUUUAUGAGCGAUGAAACGGCAACAACUAAUUCAGAUUUUUAUAGGGACCGCCGAUUAUCUGUUCUUGAAGACAUUGAAUCUUGGGUAAUCAAAGGUCAUGUCGAUCAAAACCAAAAUGUAGUCAAAAAUAAUAUCAAUAGUCACAUAAGUGCUGCUGCAGUUGAAAAUUUAUCCGCUAAUCUGCCAAAGGUUGAUCAAAGGAAUAAAGAUGUUAAUAAAAGUAUAGAUAAUGAAACUGAAGUAAAGACUAUCAAAAAAGGUCAUCCUGGAGUAAUCUUGGUCACUCCCGAAAUCAAUGGUAUUCCUCUGACUAAUGGUCAUCAUAAUGGUUACCGAAGUUCAGCCAAAGAUGAAAUUGAAAUGGUUAGUAAAGUGAUUCCAGUUUUAGACGAAUCGUUUACAAGUUCAUCCACAACAAUUGAAGGCAACAACAGAUCAACAAUUACCAAAACCACAAGUAAAAAGGUUACAGUUACCGAGGUUUCAAAAAGAAAAGAGAACAGAAUUGCUGCUGUAUGAAAUUUGAUGUUCAUCUACAAAUCUCUACAAUGAAUAUUAAUGGGGCAAGAUCAAUUAUCUACCUUAAUUAUCUACCUUAAUUAUUACCAAUUCAAGUUUCGGUUGAUAACAACGGAGUGCCUGGUAACACACUACCCUUUGAACAAAUGUUUAAAAUUUUGUGCCAAGUUCCAUAAAU